UGCUGCCAGUCCAGCUGCUGCAAACCCUGCUGCUGCCAGUCCAGCUGCUGCCAGUCCAGCUGCUGCAAACCCUGCUGCUGCCACUGCUGUGUGCCCGUGUGCUGCUGUAAGCCUGUGUGCUGCUGUAAGCCUGUCUGCUGUGUGCCUUGCAAGAUCUGA